AUGAUGUCGACUCAGAUUCCAUCCGCAACGUAUCGUUGCUGCCAAGUGGCAGCUCGGACGCAAAAACGAAGUCUUUCCUCCCAAUGCCUCCGACUCUCCUCCUCGAGCUCCGCCAUCCAGCACACACGACGCAACGAUGUGUAUCAGACAAGACAAACAAAAAGAUGGCAAUCGACAGAUGCGGCCACUGCUCCGACAAAUCCCAAAAUCUCGGCUAUUGUUGAUCAAAUAUCCCAGUUGACAUUAUUGGAAACUGCCGACCUCGUUACAAGCUUGAAGUCUCGAUUAAACAUCCCCGACAUGGCAUUUGCCGCCCCGGCGGCCGCUCCUGGUGCUGGUGCUGCUCCGGCUGCAGCUGAGGAGGAAGAAGCUGCUCCUGCAGCAGCUGAAAAGACAAUGUUUUCUCUGAAGCUGGAGUCCUUCGAUGCGGGUGCCAAACCGAAGAUCAUCAAGGAGGUCAAGAGCAUGCUUGGUCUCAGUUUGGUGGACAGCAAGAAAUUCGUCGAAAGCGCACCCAAGGUGCUGAAGGAGGGCGUGCCUAAAGAAGACGCCGAAAAGAUCGUGGAGACGAUGAAGGCCCUGGGCGCCAAAGUCACGAUGGACUAA